CGACGAAAUGAAAGUGACGAGGGAAUAAGGACGAUGAAGAUCACCCUUCUCGAGGCUGUUAACAGACGCUUCAAAGAUGUAGAAUCUGAGCCACUAUAUGCAGUUGCAACACUGCUGGAUCCAAGAUAUAAAGACAGAUACUUCACAAGUGUAGAAAUCUCAAACCAGGCAAAAGCUUCUUUGAUCGUAGAGGUGAGAAAGAUGGAGGAAGUGGUUAAAAGAAGCACAUCAGAUUCCUCAGAGCCAGCAGAGGGGACAUCUUGUGAAUCAGCUGCUGUGGAACCAGCAAGCAAGACUCCACGGAUGGAAACUGCAAGCCACAGCAGACUUGAAAGUAUUUUUGAUGAAAUCCUAAAGGAAAGCUCUGUAGAGCCUGCUCCUCAGUUAACCACCUCAAGUGCAUGUAUUGAAGUGCAAACCUACCUCAGUGAGCCAACUAUUCAGCGCUCAGACAAUCCACUGUUGUACUGGCAAGUCAACCAGCCUAGAUUACCCACUCUGGUUUGUACAGCAGCUAAAUUUCUUUGUGCACCUUCAACAAGUGUGGAGAGCGAGAGGCUCUUCAGUACAGCCUCCAUCAUUAUUGAUGAAAGGAGAAGCAGGCUGACAGCUGAGAAGGCUGAAAUGCUGAUCUUUCUAAAGAAAAACCUACCCCUUAUGUUAAAGUGAAGCAAGAAAAGAGUUCCACAAGUUCAGUAAGACAUCCCACUGUAGGUGUAUAUUUAUGUUAACCAUUAAGUAAGGGUCAAUUCUAG